CCAUGGUCUCAAAGGGUGAAAUGAAGUGUGGGAAGCAAAGGGGGCCAGGGGCGGGGCUGAAAGACUUUUAGAGGCUUGUGGCGGAGCCUUGGGGCCCUGGGGCAGGCCCUGAAGAAGUAGGGAGCCGGGGUUAGGGUUUGAGAACCGGGUUGGGGGUCAUUCCAGGCUCGCGGGGGUUUUGCCUCUGUGAAGCGAAACAGCCCGUCCAGAUGCCAGGCGUUUACAAAGCCUCAAGGAGGCGCUCCCUCUGUUCCCUGUCACACUCAGCCCCGGCUGGGCCACAGGUGUUCUCUGUCACACUCAGCCCCGGCUGGGCCACAGGUGUUCCCUGUCACACUCAGCUCCAGCGCGCCUGCCCCGCCUCAGCCACAGGUGUUCCCUGUCACACUCAGCCCCACCUCAGCCACAGGUGUUCCCUGUCACACUCAGCCCCGCCUCAGCCACAGGUGUUCCCUGUCACACUCAGCCCCGGCUGGGCCACAGGUGUUCCCUGUCACACUCAGCCCCAGCGCGUCUGCCCCGCCUCGGCCACAGGUGUUCCCUGUCACACUCAGCUCCAGCGCGCCUGCCCCGCAUCAGCCACAGGUGUUCUCUGUCACACUCAGCCCCGGCUGGGCCACAGGUGUUCCCUGUCACACUCAGCCCCAGUGCGCCUGCCCCGCCUCGGCCACAGGGAGCCACCCCACCGCUUGCCUGUCUGCCAGCUCUUCCUUCGGGAGAGACCUAGCGUCCACCCGCCGCCCCCAUCAUUGCCCACCUGGGCCAGCGCAGACCCUCCGCCGCGCCUCCCAGCUGUGCCUUUGGCCCCCAUGGUCUGUUCCCCAGACAGCCAGAGGAGUCCUGGUGAAACCCAAACAGGUCCCAGCCCUCCCGGGCUCCCACCUUGCUGAGAGUAGAAACGCACAGGCCCAGGACUGGCCCUGACCUCUCCACAAUCCCCCUCAGCCCCAGCCCCAGGCUCUGUCUGGCCUCUGGGCCUUUGCAUCGGCCGUUCCCUCCACCGCGGUCCUCCAUCGUUUUCCCACUUCUGGCCUGGCACUCCACAUGCCCUGGGUGCUCAGCCAACAUAGACGACCCGCCACA